GUGAAGAGGCUGAGAACAUGUGGCGUAAACAUUGACUGAUAUUGUUUGCCAUUUACACUCAGCCUGUGUAAUGCAGCAGGAAUGGCUCCCGGUGGCAUGUGACUCCCCUUCCAGAUGGGUAUGCAGGGCACUGGGACCGCUCUUCUCUUUCACUCUCUCCCUCGCUUCAUUCCCCCUCCUGUGCCCCUUUCCAGACUCCUGAGAGUUUAAGCGGAAGCCUGUCAUGAUUGGCAUGCAGAAAGCUGGUAGAAUGUCAUUGGAAUUUUCUAGGGAGGCACAUGCCCGACACCCAAAAUGACUCCCGGCUUCGGUGGCCUCGGGUCCAUGCUCAAUGCCAGGCUCUCUGGUCUUUUUCAGAAAGAGUUCAGAGAGCCUCUCCUUGUGCUGAACAGCCUGCCCAAGACAUCAUGGAUAGAAGAAAUUAAAUUAGUUCAUGCUGGCUGGCCCACAACAUCUGAAAACCAAGACAGCGCCGCCAAGCUCCUGGACAAGAACCCAUUCUCGGUCAGUAACACAACCCCUCUGCUUCCUUCACCUGCCAGUCUCCAACUGGCUCAACUGCAAGCCCAGCUCACCCUCCACCGGCUGAAGUUGGCACAGACAGCUGUCACCAACAACACUGCAGCCGCCACGGUCCUGAACCAAGUCCUCUCCAAAGUGGCCAUGUCCCAGCCGCUCUUCAACCAGCUGAGGCAUCCGUCUGUGAUCGGCGCCCCCCACAGCCAUACCGGGGUGCCCCAACAUGCUGCAAGUGUGCCCAGUGCCCGUUUCCCCUCUAAUACAAUUGCCUUCUCGCCGCCCGGCCAGACACGAGGCCCAGGACCCUCUGUGAGCCUUCCCAGCCAGGCCCCCAGUGCCAUGGUGAUGCAUCCCUUCAGCGGUGUCAUGCCUCAGACCGCUGCCCAACCUGCAGUCCUCCUGGGCAUUGGCAAGACAGGGACAGGUCCCUCUGCAGCAGGAUUCUACGACUACGGCAAAGCCACCUCCGGCCAGACAUAUGGCUCUGAAACAGAUGGUCAGCCCAUCUUCCUGCCAGCCUCGGCCUCUACCUCGAGCGGUGUGACCUAUGAAGGGCACUACAGCCAGUCAGGACAAGAUGGCCAAGCCGCCUUUCCCAAAGAUUUCUAUGGAGCCAACUCCCAAGGGUCGCACGUGGCAGGCGGGUUUUCCGCUGAGCCAGCUGGGGGCCUGAAAGGUGAGGUAGGUCCGCUGCUGCAGGGUCCAAACAGCCAAUGGGAGAGCCCCCACGGAUUCUCUGGCCAGAGCAAGCCUGAUCUCACAGCUGGCCCCAACCUGUGGCCUCCGCCCCCCAGCCAGCCCUAUGAACUGUAUGACCCUGAAGAGCCCACCCCAGACAGGACCCCUCCUUCCUUCGGGGGUCGGCUGAACAAUAGCAAACAGGGUUUCAGCGGCGCGCGGCGGCGGGCCAAGGAGGAGCAGGCAAUGCUGCCCGUACGGCCCCUGCAGGCUCAUGAGCUCAAUGACUUUCACGGGGUGGCCCCGCUCCACCUGCCGCACAUCUGUAGCAUCUGUGACAAGAAGGUCUUUGAUUUAAAGGACUGGGAGCUGCAUGUGAAAGGGAAACUCCAUGCUCAGAAAUGCCUUGUCUUCUCUGAAAACGCUGGUGUCCGGUGUAUACUCGGUUCUGCAGAGGGCGCUCUGUGCGCCUCUCCUGGCAGCCCAGCCGUUUAUAACCCUGCCGGGAACGAAGAUUAUGCCUCAAAUCUCGGAACAUCAUAUGCAGCCAUUCCAGCAAGGUCAUUUACUCAGUCAAAUCCUACCUUUCCUUCGGCUUCCCCGGGGACAAAUUUUGUACAGCGGAAAACAGGUGCUGGCCGCGUAGUGCAUAUCUGCAACCUUCCCGAAGGAAGCUGCACUGAGAAUGAUGUCAUUAACUUGGGGCUGCCCUUUGGAAAGGUCACCAAUUACAUUCUCAUGAAGUCUACUAAUCAGGCCUUUUUGGAGAUGGCUUACACAGAAGCUGCUCAGGCCAUGGUCCAGUAUUACCAAGAAAAAUCUGCUAUGAUCAACGGAGAGAAGUUGCUCAUUCGGAUGUCUAAGAGAUACAAGGAGUUGCAGCUGAAGAAACCUGGGAAAAACGUGGCGGCCAUCAUCCAGGACAUUCAUUCCCAGAGGGAGAGGGACAUGUUCCGGGAAGCAGACAGAUACGGCCCCGAAAGGCCACGGUCUCGCAGUCCUGUGAGCCGAUCGCUGUCCCCAAGAUCCCACACACCGAGCUUCACCUCCUGCAGCUCUUCCCACAGUUCUCUGGGUCCCUCAAGGGUUGACUGGGGCAAUGGCCGGGACUCCUGGGAGCAUUCUCCCUACACCAGGAGGGAGGACGACAGAGACCCGGCCCCCUGGAGGGAGAACGGGGAGGACAAGAGGGACAAGACAGACACGUGGGCACAUGAUCGCAAACACUACCCGAGGCAACCUGACAAAGUCGAGUUAGAGGAGCGACUCGAAGGAGCGAGGGGCCACCGAGAAAAGCACCCGAGGUCCGGGUCCCCCAGUCCUCUCCACUCUGCAGCAGGCUACAAAAGCCGAGAAGAUGGCUACUACCGGAAGGAGCCCAAAGGCAAAUCGGACAAGUAUCUAAAGCAGCAGCAGGGUGCCCUGGCGAGGUCCAAGAGGAAAGACGAGGCCAGGCCGCGGGAAAGCAGAUACCCCCACCUUGACCAUGCAGGCAAGGAAGACGGGCUGGAGCCGAAGGUCCCCAGGGCCCCUGAGAACCCCAAGUCUAAGCAGAGUGAGAAAAACCGAACCAAGAGACCUGACAAAGACCAAGAAGGAGCUGAUGAGAGAAAAGAAAGCAGAAUGGCAGAGAAUGAGGCUGGAAGAGAGGGCAUGGAAGAAAACACCCCAUCAGCGGACCGGCAGGAGAAAGAAACAGAGUCCUCUGACCUAGAAAACACAAGAACAAAGAAGGAUCAAGAUUGGGAUAGUGGAAGUGAAGCAGAGGACGAGAGCUGGUACCCCACGAACAUGGAGGAGCUGGUGACAGUGGACGAGGUAGGGGAGGAAGAAGAUUUUAUCAUGGAACCGGACCUCCCAGAGCUGGAAGAGAUCAUGCCCAUUGACCAGAAGGACAAACUGUGCCCAGAAAUGUGUCCCUGUGUGACAACUGCCUUACACCUGGACUUAGCCAAGGAUUUCACCAAGGAAGGGGUCAAGACCAUAGGUAACGGGGCUACGGAAAUCAGCCUCAAGUCUCCCAAAGAAGUGCCUUCUGCUUCCACGAGCUGUCCCAGUGACACGGACGUGGAAAUGCCUGGCCUAAAUCUGGAGGCUGAGCAGAAGCCAGCUGAAUGCGAGACAGGCCUCUCGCUGCAGGGUUCAGAUUGCCACGAGAAGCAGGCAAAGGGAGCGGAGAGCUCAGAUGUUCGUCUGUCCCCUGCACUCCAGCAAAUGUCUUCCCCCAAGCCAGCAGAGGAGAGGGCCCGGCAGCCUAGCCCAUUUCUUGAUGACAGCAAGGCCAAGGGGACUCCCGAGGAAGGGGCUUGUGAAGGCAGCCCCGUGGAAGAGAAAGCCAGCCCCCCCGCCGAAACCGGCCUCCAAAGCCAGGCUUGCCAAGGAGUGUCGACCCAGGAGAACUCCAGGUACAUGGAAGUGAAGUCUCUGGAUGUGAGGUCACCGGAAUACACAGAAGUGGAGCUGAAACAGCCCCUUUCUUUGCCUUGCUGGGAACCAGAGGAUGUGUUCAGUGAACUUAGCAUUCCUCUAGGGGUGGAGUUCGUGGUGCCCAGGACUGGGUUUUACUGCAAGCUCUGCGGGCUGUUCUAUACCAGUGAGGAGAUGGCGAAGAUAAGCCACUGUCGCAGUGCUAUCCACUACAGGAACUUACAGAAGUACUUGUCCCAGCUGGCCGAGGAGGGCCUGAAGGAGACGGAGGGGGCUGGCAGCCCGAGGCCUGAGGACAGCGGAAUCGUGCCCCAGUUUGAAAAGAAAAAGCUCUGACCGGCGCUGGUGGAAGCUGGGAGGGAGGGCCCGCCCAGGUGGGGCCUUCCUGACCCCCGGGACGGGAACUAAAGCCAGAGAGGAAAGAAAACUGGGCAGGCCACAUUGCCUGGGUUUGUUCUCAGAGACUGAAAAUGCCCCUGAAGUGUUUCCCAGAGCCGCUGCCAUGGAGUGACCAGCCCACCGAAGGUCACCCACUCUCUCCUUGUGACUCCUGUGUCCUUCAGACAAUCUUUUAAUUUGCUUCUCUCUCUUCUUCCCUUCCCCUCCUCCCUCUCCCUCCUUCUGUGCCAAGGGUAAUUUCCUUUUCAUAAAAUCCAACUUCUCAGGGAUUUUCACAGUGUUCAAAUUCUUGACGGGACAGGACAGGUCCGGCCAGGCUGAGUCAUCCAAGGAAAAAAUUUCACCGAAGCUCCAGGGUCAAGAACUGCUUCAGUGAGCCUGGAAUGGUUUCUCUGCCGGGCAUCCCGGGCGGGGGCGGCGGGUGAUCUGAGUGGGGUCCUGCGGCUCCGGAGAGGGGCCCCUUCACAGUCAUUUGGCAGAAGCUGGGAGCCCCUCUUGCUGGACCACCUUUCUGAAAAGCCCCCGAUUUAAUCGAUAACUCUCAUACCCUCUCAGUUCUUCCACACGUCUACCAGAGAAUUUUGUGGAGGAGGAAAUGAGCCCUUCCUUUUGGAAGCUCUUGACAGUUUCCCCUGAAACGUUUUUUCCUCCACUUGAUUUCAGGAGAUGCCAGGGUUUGUUCUGUUCUGAACAAUGAAUUUGGUGUAGAUUCACUUUAAUGAAAAAUGAAAAUGGAAGCGUCCUCUCCCUCCAGCUGAAACAGCAGUUCGUAUGCGCUUAGGUCGAUUGUUGGCCUCCCUGCCACGGGAGACACCAAAACAAGGGGAUGGCAUCUGUCCUUGACUCACCCGUGGUGCCUGCACUCUGGCUCCAGCAGCCUGGCUGUGGGAUGGUUUUAAGCGGUGUCAGUGGGGGGAGGAGCUACGGAAAGAAGGCCGUGGGACUGAAGAGCAUCCGGGGAUUGCUGGUGUUUGUGGAUAGGCGCUUUCCAAUUUGGCAGAAGGUCAGAGGUCUCUGAGAGUUGACCCCGUGUGCAGGCUUCAACUCAAAUGUUGUGAAGAACAAAGCCCUUACUCCCAUCCUGCAUCUGAUACCAGAGGGCAGUGCCUUCAGGCCCCAGGCAGGCUGCCGGGCUCUAGUCCGAUGUUCCGUUGGAAGGCUUUGGGACAAAGGUGGAGGGGGAAUGAGGCCCGGCUGCACCCUGGAGAAGACCUCAGGGAGGUCCGAGGGGAGCCUGGUGCCGUUGCCACGGCUGAGAUACUCAACUUGGAGCAGCUUUUCUGGCUCAAUCUUUGGAAGAUAGUCCCUGCUGUUUCUAUUCCCGACUGCUGGCAGGUAAACUAGGAAAAGAUUGAUUGGUUUUCUUUUACUUUUGCAUUUUUCUUUUUAAGGUAGAUAAGAGUAUACUGCAUAUUCUGUCCUCCACACUAAAGGCACAAGGGUAGAGAGAUGAUUUGAGUUCAACGCUGUUUAUCAGUGAAGAAACCGAGGCACCAAAAAAAAAAAAAAAGAAAGAAAGAAAUGUAGAACACAAAUAAAAUGAUCAUGUGUUAAUCUUGGGGCAAAUGGUCACUGACAAGGAGAGACCUGUUGGGAACCUGCAAGAAAAGAGUUAAGACACCGUAGGAAACAGAUCCGCCUGGACAGGUGUGGUGAGGAGAAGCUGGAGGAAGCAGGAAACCUGAACUUGGCAGCAGGCCACUUGGGGGCUUCAGAAAGGUUCACGUCUCAGAGCAGGGUUUGAAGGUGGUGGCUCAGCCCAGACCUGGUCCCCUGGCUGCCUCCACGUUUUUUGUUGUUGGUUUUUUUUUUUUUUAAUCUGGCAUUCUGGAAACCAGCCUCCUCCAUUUCUCGGAAAACCUUUGGCCCUGCGUGUCCGCCUUCCCACCACAGGGAAGCCCAGGGCCAGCUCUCUGGCCUCCUUUCCAAACCUUGCUGGAAAAAGCCUACCACCUCAGUCAGAGGCUGGAACUGUGCAUUUUCAAAGAGGCUGGCAGUUUUCUCCCAGCAAAGUGGAAGCUGACCCCAUCAGCACAUCCCCCCAGCAGCGUUUCCAUGGAAAUCUGGAUGGCUGUUCCCACAGCCUCAUUCCUGAGUAAUGUAAUGGCUCCCUUACUGACAGACUGACCUUCUCCAUGUUGGAAAGCUGGAGCGAGCCCUUGGGAGGGCGGGGAGGCGCGCUCUGCACUCGGUCCGAACCCUCAGUUAAAAAAUUAUCCAACAGUCUAUAUCUGUGUGUGUAUAUAUAUAUAUUUAUUUUUAUUUAUUUUUAUACAAUUCCAUUGGCAUGGUCCUUCACCCACUCUACAAUUUGCUCUUUUUAUUCCUCCGUGUGUCAUACACACUGCAGUAUUAAAGGCACCAGGAAAAUACUGAUUUAUUUUUUAAAGCUUUUCUUCAGUGUUUGUCAACCAUUUCAAAGUGUCUCCCCGAAAAUAUUGUUCAAGAGCAGCUGCCACCUUGAACAACAGGUUCAUUUGUGCCCUGGGUUAGUAAACCCAAAGGUCUAUGUAAUUUUCUUUUCAUUGUAAACACCUGAAAUAAAGUAUAUACAAACAGUAUUUCCAGAUAAUUUGGGAAAUUUGAAGUUGAUGUGAGUAUCCGGGUUUCCUUUUCUUGGACAGUCUGAGGCUGUGAUCUGUUAGAUUUUACUUGAACUGGACCAGAGUUUGUUUUUUGAGUUUCUGAGAAAAAGAAAAACACUACUUAAUUUAAGUUGAAACUUGUAAAGUAAUAGAAUUUGUUGAAUGUCCUAUAAAUUGUCACUUUUCCUGAUCUGUAUAACUGACUGCAAGUGUUUGUUUUUACAAAAGAAAAAAACAGAUUUUUA